CUGAUAAAUCCCUUAUUCUGACCUCAGAUGUCCAUCUAAGAUCAAUGGGUCCUUCUAAUCCUAAGGAACCUUCUGAUAAAUCCCAUACUAUGACCUCAGAUGUCCAUCUAAGAUCAAUGGGUCCUUCUAAUCCUAAGGAACCUUCUGAUAAAUCCCAUACUAUGACCUCAGAUGUCCAUCUAAGAUCAAUGGGUCCUUCUAAUCCUGAGGAACCCUCUGAUAAAUCCCAUAUUCUGACCUCAGAUGUCUAUUUAAGUUCUCACAGUGCUCAACAGAUCCAACAGAUCUCAACAGAUCCAUCCGUUCCUCAGAAAUCCUCUUCAAGCCAUGAUGAAGCUCACACAGGAGGGAGCUCAUUGUCCUGUUUGGUGUGUGGGAAAACAUUCACUAAGAAAAAAGGACUUCUUAACCACCAGAAAUCUCACAAGACUGUGCAUCCUUAUUCAUGUUCGGAGUGUGGAAAAGGUUAUUGUAAGAAGGAAAGCCUUGUUGUACACCAGAGAACACACACGGGUGAGCGUCCCUUUUCCUGCUUAGAGUGCGAAAAAUGUUUUUACAAGAAAGAAACACUUUUUAUUCAUCAGAGAACUCACACUGGUGAGCGUCCCUUUUGCUGUUCAGAGUGCGGGAAAUAUUUUUCUCAAAAAGGAUGCCUUCGUAAACACCAAAGAAGUCACACCGGUGAGCGUCCCUACUCAUGUUUGGAUUGCGGGAAAAGUUUUCCAAGGAAGGGUUCCCUUCUUACACACCAGAAACUUCACACUGGUGAGCGUCCCUUUUCCUGUUUAGAGUGCGGAAGGUGUCUUUCUAAUAAACAAAACCUUCUUACACACCAGAGAAUUCAUACCGGUGAGCGUCCCUUUUGCUGUUCAGAGUGCGGAAAAUGUUUUUCCGAAAAAGGAAGCCUUGUGAAACACAGACGAAGUCACACCGGCGAGCGUCCCUAUUCAUGUCCGGAUUGCGGGAAACGUUUUUCUAACAAAGGAUCCCUUCUUACACACCAGAGAAGUCACACAGGCGAGCGUCCCUUCUCUUGUUUAGAGUGCGGAAAAUGCUUUUCUGACCAAGGGAACCUUCGUAAACACCAGAGAGUUCAUACGGGUGAACGUCCCUUUUCCUGUUCAGAGUGCGGAAAAUGUUUUUCUGACCAAGGAAACCUUCAUCAACACCAAAGAAAACACACUGGUCAGCGCCCCUAUUCAUGUUCGGAGUGUGGAAAAGGUUUUUUCCGGAAAAAACAGCUUCUCCUACACCAGAGAAGUCACUCCGGUGAGGAACCUUAUUCGUGUUCAGAGUGUGGAAAAUGUUUGACCACGAAAGAAAGUCUUAUUAAUCACCAGAGAAUUCAUACGGGUGAGCGCCCUUACUCAUGUUCAGAGUGCGGGAAAUGUUUCACUAUAAAAGAAAGCCUUGUUUCUCACCAGAAAAUUCACUCAAGUGAGCGUCCCCAUUCAUGUUCAGAGUGCGGGAAAUGUUUCAUCAAAAAAAAAGCCCUUGUUAUACACCAGAGAAUUCACACGGGUGAGCGUCCUUAUUCAUGCUUGGCGUGCGGGAAAUGUUUCACUGCCAAAGAAAACCUUGUUUCUCACCAGAAAAUUCACUCAGGCGAGCGUCUUUAUUCAUGUUCAGAGUGCGGGAAAUCUUUCGCUUGGAAAGUAAGCCUUGUUACUCACCAGAGAAUUCAUUCAGGCGAGCGUCCUUAUUCAUGUUCAGUGUGCGGGAAAUCUUUCACUAAAAAUGGAGGCCUUGUUAGACACCAGAGAAUUCACUCAAGUGAGCGUCCCUACUUAUGUACAGAGUGCGGGAAAUGUUUCACUGCAAAACAAUCCCUUCUUGCGCACAUGACAAGACACAGCUCGGAGCAUCCAAACAACUUUCAGACUGCGGUAAAUGUUGUACAGAUCACAUAAGUCUAAUCGGAGAGAAGACAGUUCUACUUGUAAUAAAGCUAUGUGAAUUGAGCCUCGUAUGUUGUAUUUCAAUGUUCAGUUUGUUUUUCAUUCUGUAGUUUCACAUUUAUAAAUACUAAAACUCUAUUCAAUUAU